CCUGUAACUUCGAUUUGUAGUUGUACCCAGAAGUGAUCAUCAACAGAGCACAAUCAGGUAUCAGAUCCCCUCAAAGCUUAGUACGAAGAUCUCUGUGAUGCCUCCUGUUGCUCCUCGAUCCGGUGAUGCAAUCUUCGCCAGCGUUGAACGCGUGAAUGCGGAGCUGUUUACGCUGACUUAUGGGGCAAUUGUCCGUCAGUUGCUUACGGAUCUGGAGGAAGUUGAAGAGGUCAACAAGCAGCUUGAUCAAAUGGGCUACAAUAUUGGAAUUCGGAUGAUAGAUGAGUUUCUAGCAAAGUCUGGUGUUUCACGGUGUGUUGAUUUUAAAGGGACAGCAGAAGUGAUAGCGAAGAACAUCUGCAAAAGCAUCCAACUUGGCGUGCAGGACAUCUCAGGGAAAUCUGAGAUUAUUUUGGUGGGUUUCAAAAUGUUCGUAGGGGUCACUGCAUUUGUUACCAAUUGGGAUGCUGAUGGGACAUGCUGCAGUAUCGUCUUUGAAGAUAACCCCCUGGUAGAGUUUGUUGAGCUUCCGGACACGUGUCAAGGUUUAAACUAUUGCAACAUCUUAAGUGGUAUCAUUAGGGGAGCCCUAGAGAUGGUAUCAAUGAAAACAGAAGUAACAUGGACCCGUGAUAUGCUUCGAGGGGAUGAUGCAUUUGAGUUACAGGUGAAACUUGUAAAACAAAUUCCGGAAGAAUAUCCAUACAAGGAUGAUGAGUAAACAUUUAAUGUGAUCGUCAUAUGUGCAUGUCUAAAUCAUGCAGGACAAGCACUUGAAGAUUAGAAUUAUAGAUAGAAAAUGUUGAACACCUUCAUUUCCUGACCUCUUGUCUUUAAGUCAGAACAUUAUUGAGCUACUGUUUAUGUUUUUAAGCAUUGUUUGAGGGAGUGGGGACAAAGGGAGCUUUUCUUACACGUUCAGGACACAUUUUUCUUGUCUUUUUCUUAGCUUGUCCAGAACCCACCUUUUCCUCUCUACAUAUAAUAUUUUGUUGCUGAAUUUGCAUAUUAUUGUGGAAUGCGCAUUUUAGUA